AUGAUCGUCGAUCACCUCGUCACGAGGAGCGCCGUCCGGUCCCUUGGACUCGUCUGCGCCGCCGUCGUGCCCCUGGCAUCCUCCUACUUGCUCUACACCUUCACCUACAAGGAAACACCCCUCGAUACCCUUCUCCACCACAUCCCCCUCGUUCUCCACCUCCUUCAAUCCAAUGCAACCCAAACCACAACCACAUCGUCCGCCGCAUUAGCAGCAGCAGCUGCAGUAGCAGGAGUAGGGGGAGGAGGAGAAGGAGCAGCCUCAUACCUCUACCCAACCCCAGCAACAUUCACCACCGCCACACCCGCUUCUCCCAUCUCAUCUUUUAAUUUCAUGUUGAGCCCAGACCGGAUUAUUGCCUCUGCUGCUGCUACCCUCAUGGGAGGUGAAGGGAGAGAAGCAACCAAUGAUACGUUCGACCCCUUCGCUCUUUCGUUGACCAUGCGCAUGACCCUCUCCCUUGCUACGUUUCUCGAAGGACUGGGACUCCGUGAUCCUACUCAGCUGCCCGGAUACGACUAUCUCAUUGCCCUCCAACCGUACCUGGCUCCUGUUCUCGCCUUCAUUGCUACACACCGAACACUGGCCUGGGUGGUCUCGUUGCUCCAUCUCUGGAUGGCUGCGGAGGUUCUGUUCUACAUCCACUUUUGGAAACGCCUUGCCAGAGCACAGGAAGUCGAUCGAGUCGUCAAGGGACCCAAAUCACCCGAAGAGCGACGAGAGUUGUUUGAGAGGUGCAUGGAGACUAUUGAGAGAGGGGCGGGUGCUCGCAAGUGGCUCGAGACUUGGUUUGAUACCGGGAGAACCGACCGGCCCGCCAGAUGUGAGGAUAUUGCUCGAUCGAAUAUGAUGCAAUGGUUGGCAUGGGCUUUUUGGGUGUCAUCGAUCGAGGAAGUUUUUGGAUCCCCCACGGACAUGAUGGAGCUCAACCGAAUGGUCGACUACAUUGAGGCGACAAAGGAUAUCAAGUUUGCCAACGGCUUCAACCCCAACGUCGAAUGCAUCCGCCUUGCCUUUGACCCCGUCAUUGCCACCCACCGCCCUCUCGUCUAUUAUGCUUUGUUGUGGUUCGCCAACACGUUUGCGGGACUUGUGUUCAUGUUGCUCGGAUUCACACGUUAUGAAGGAACAGUCGACACUGCCAACCCAACAAAGAAGAGCAGCAGCAGGAUCCAGGUCGACUCAUCAACGGAUCUCAACUACUGGUGCCGCGCCCCCCUCAAACCCGACAACAAGGUACCCCUGGUCUUCCUUCACGGGAUCGGAGUCGGACUGGUCCAAUAUAUCCACUGGGUGAUUGCUCUCAGCACCAUCUCACGCCCCAUCAUCAUCGUCGAGGUCCCCUAUGUCUCCAACAAACUCAUCAAAGGCGACUGCAUGACCCCCGACGAGACCUACUAUGCGAUUGAGAGAAUCCUCAGGAGACACGAGUACCCCAAGGCGACCUUUUUCGGACACUCUCUUGGAACCAUGCUUUGCGCGGCCGUCUGUCGUGCCAGUUCUGCUUCAUCUUCGAAAUCGAUCGUUGCGGGACUGAUCCUCGCCGACCCAAUCUGCUUCCUGACCCAUCACUCGAUCGCCCGCAACUUCGCCUACAGGAUCCCUGCAACUGCUGCCGAGUUGAUCAUGGACCUCUUCGCUGCCCGUGAGAUUGGAACCUCCUGGUACAUUAUGCGUCGUUUCCACUGGGACCAGUGUAUCUUCUUCCCCAAGGCCUGGAAGAAGCGCACCGAGAAGGCACUCCUCCACGAGGGGCGAUUGACACCCGUGUUGCCCAAGAAGACGCGUGUGUUCUUGUCGAGGAACGAUAACCUGUUGGACAUGGACUUGAUUGCAGACUAUAUCCGGAACCAGGUGGGGCUCAAGGAGGAGAAGGACGAGUUGCAUAUUAUGGAGGGGAUGGAUCAUGCCCAGUUCUUGUUGAGACCUGAGUGGUUCUUCAAGAUCUUGAAGGCUGCACAGGAGUGUUGA